AACUUUGCCCCCUCAGAGUUUUCAUGAAUGUUAACUAGAUCUAUUAAACCUUAAAGGGCUUUCUGAUCAGUUUAUCUCUGCUGUCAAAUUGGCAUUUUUGACAUGUGAUUCGAUGAGGAUUAGCUCUCUUCUGGUGGAUGAGGGUGGAAAUGCAUUUUUUUUUUUGCCUCUUCCUUGUUGGCUUCACUUUCAUACCAGAAUUAUGGGGGCUGUCGUGGUGGAAAUUAUUCCAUCUAACCACUCCCUGGUUCUUUGGAGGUGACCCUGAAGAGAGAUCCACACUUUAAGCUAGGGCUGGGCGAUAUGGCCUAAAACUAAUAUCACAAUAUAUUGAGGAUUUAACCUCAAUAAUGAUAAAUGGACCAUAACUGCAGGUAAGUUGUCCACUAGAUGGGGCUGUCACAUGUAUUAUAUUUAGUCACAUUUUUACGCAUCUCAAGGUGGUACAGCUUCUUAAAGGGACAUGAAUGUUGCCCAGCUACACACAUCUUUUCAUUUUUUUAUUAUCAAAUUUAUUGACAUGGGAAAAAUGAUCUCGAUAAGAGCCAGAAAUUUCGAUAACGAUACAUUUUCGAUUUAUUGCCCAGCCCUACUUUAAGCCCAUUAUAAUAUGUACACACACAAAGAUCUUUGGUUGGCUUCUGGUGAGAAGAACACAAGCAGUUCCCUGCCGAUGUAUCUUCUAACUUUCGACUCUUCUCGUCAGCCCUUUUAUUGAAUUGCAUGAAAAUUUUUUUUAAUUUUACAACAGUUCCACAAUAGACUGGGGCGUUCCCACUUCACAGUCAUACACUACUCCUCCUCAUGUGAGCGGUCUUCAUGAGUUCACAGUCUAAAGCACCUUCUGACUUUCCCUGACCCUCAACAUCCAAGACUUUUUCUAAGACUGAAUUUGUGAUCUCUGGCUCAGCAACGAGGUCAAAAGUUUAUCAAUCAGACACUUCCCCAUGACAUAACUCGUGAUCUUCUUUUGACCACAAGCAGUAAGAGUCAGGCCAUUGUUAUAGAAACUUUCAACACCAAUGUUUUCUGGAACGUUAUCUCUGUUAGUCUGCAGCACUUCGACAAAGUUUUAUUUCCUUAUAUAUGAAGAUUAAAUGAUUGACCAACACAUUCAUAACCUGACAGCAAUUAGACUGAAGUUGACUAUAUUAGUUUAAACAGAAAAGGUUAUAUUGGUUAAGUGUAAAAAUGAUUAUUCUCAAAAAGAUUAUAUUGAUUAGCUUUAAAAAUGAUUAUGCUGAUUAGGGCUGCAAUGAUUCCUCGAGUAACUCGAAUGAUUCGCUGACAAAAAAUAUUCGAGAAUUUUCCGCUGCCUCGAGGACUCGUUAAAUAGACCAUAGCUGAAUAUCCGGCAUUGCGCAUGGAUUCUUUAUGUGUUGCGCAACGCGGUUACGUCACAGAUUAUACGUGCCAUGUACUCUACUGCACAGCGCGCAGCGGUCUUUUCGUCUUUUCAGCUGGGUAGCCGACAAUGGCAGACGCCAUGGAAAUAAAUGAAAACGAGCAAGACCAAAACGAAGGAUAUAGUAAGCGACAGAAGUUUUCCAAGGCAUGGGAUCACUUUACAUUAAAAAGCAAGGAAAACGCCAUUGGAUGCAAGCAUUGCAAGGUGGAACUACCACAACAGCACUUCUUCCAUGCUGCUGCACCUCUUAAGAAAGCAUCCGACUGAGGGCAUGAGUGAACGUGCCGAGAUCAGGUAAAUAAACUUUUUUUCAGGACGUAAAUAUUGACUCAGCUGUAGUGUCAAUAAAAUACAUUUGUUUGUUAUAAGUUAGUUUUAAAUUUCUGCCCUAAAAUGCAUCUGUUAAGUGUAUAUUUUUAAAAUUGGUUUACAAAAAAAAAAAUCUUUGUGUAGCGGAGGCAAAUGUGUAUUAUUUAUUUGAUAUUCUGUAUAAAUAUACAAUAUUACCUUACUUGAUCUUUAUUGUAAAUAUCAGAAGAUUAUAGGAUUUUUGCUUUAUUAAGUAAUUAUACACACCUCGUCUUGAUUCAGAAAAGAGUCAGGUUUAUAAUUGUAAGAAUUUAUUUGAGAAACAAUUAAAACAUGACAAGUGAACUAAGCAUUUACUGUGAAUGGAUGGAGCUAAAGGUGAUGUAGGAACCUACACUCAACAAAAAUAUAAACGCAACACCUUUGUUUCUGCUCCGAUUUUUCAUGAGAUGGACUUAAAGAUCUGAAAUUCAGUCCAGAUACACAAUAUUACCAUUUCUCUCAAACAUUGAUCACAAAUCAGUCUAAAUGUAUGAUAGUGAGCACCUGUGCUUUGCUAAGAUAAUCCAUCCCACCUCACAGGUGUGCCACAUCAAGAUGCUGAUCUGACAUCAUGAGUAGUGCACAGGUGUACCUUAUACUGCCCACAAUUAAAGGCCACCCAGGAAUGUGCAGUUAAUUGCUUUAUUGGGGGUCUGGGGACUCAGAACCGGUCAGUAUCUGGUGUGACCACCAUUUGCCUUAUGCAGUGCAACACAUCUUCUUCGCAUAGAGUUGAUCAGAUUGUCAAUUGUGGCCUGUGGAAUGUUGGUCCACUCCUCUUCAAUGGUUGUGCGAAGUUGUUGGAUAUUAGUGGGAACUGGUACACGCUGUCGUAUACGCCGGUCAAGCACAUCCCAAACAUGCUCAAUGGGUGACAUGUUCGGUGAGUAUGCGUGGCCAUGCAAGAACUGGGACAUUUUCAGCUUCCAAGAAUUGUGUACAGAUCCUUGCAACAUGAGGCCGUGCAUUAUCUUGCUGAAACAUGAGGUAAUGUUCAUGGAUGUACGGCACAACAAUGGGCCUCAGGAUCUCAUCACGGUAUCUCUGUGCAUUCAAAAUGCCAUCAAUAAAAUGCACCUGUGUUCUUCGUCCAUAACAGAUGCCUGUCCAUACCAUAACCCCACCACCACCAUUGGCCACUCGAUCCACAACAUUGACAUCAGCAAAUUGCUCAUCCGCAUGACGCCACACACGCUGUCUGCCAUCUGCCCUGAACAAUGUAAACCGAGAUUCAACCGUGAAGACAACACCUCUCCAACAUGCCAGACGCCAUUCAAUCACGCCGUGACAGAAUGAACCAAACUCCUAAAGGAUCCAGCGGGGAGGUUCUCCCCUGGGAGUACCUGCUUCAGUUCCUCACCUCAAACCACCGGCCGGCUUCUCCUCCUCCGGCGUCGCCUCGCCGCAGACGCCGCUGCCGAACCCCGGCCUCGGCGAUCCUCUCCACCCUCCCGGAGCCAGUUGGGGGGUUGGACUGGGAGACGCAGCUAGACCGCUCCUGCUAUGUGGGCACCAGACUGGCAGUCUGCUCCCCCAGAGUUAGCCCACGGUGUUGGGAAGGAUGCCGGGCUCCAGCGUCAACCCCUGUCCCAGGACGGAACCACGGGCUCACCGCUACUCCGGCUUGGGACACCAGCUUGGACCCACCCCAGUCAGAUCAGCGGCCCCAUCUCCGGUCCAGUCAGCACCUCCUUCAUCUACAGGCGAAGGGCCCACGCCUACAGCCCAUCAGACGGAGCUCACCAGCCUCCAAGUGGAGCUUGACUGGCUCCGUCAACUCAUCAGCCUCCAGGAGUUCCAGCUGGACAUCCUAUCCUCCUCGUAUCUCCAGGAGAAGGUUUCUGUCCAGCCAGCGGCCCCACCUCCGGUCCAGUCAGCAGCUCCCUCGUCUCCAGGCCAAAGGACCGAACCCACAGCCCAUCCAACAGAGCUCGCCGGUCUCCGAGCUGAGCUGGUCCGACUCCUUCAGAUUUUCAGGCUCCAGGAGCUCCUGGUGGACAAACUAACCUCCCUGCUUUUCCAGUUACCUUCUCCACCAGGUCCUGCGCCACCAGUCCAGUCUGCGCCAGGUCCCGCGCCACCAGU